AUGACCAAGUUCCAAGCAUAUUCCGCUCUCACCAUCAUGGCAUUCAUUGCCAUUUCCCAGGUAUAAUCAUUGGGAUUGGGUGUUCAACCAGUGGGACCGUGUUCAGGUGCAAACAGCCGUGUUGCCAGUGUCGAGCACGGAAGUAUCACUCCCUUCUUCUUCUUCUUCUUCUUCUUCUUCUGCUUCGGAGACGACAACGGCAGUGGACACGUUGGGCUCGUCGCGAGUGAAGAGAAACGGAGGCUGUGGGUGUUGUGGAUGUGGAUGUGGAUGCUGUGGAUGCGGGGGCGGAGGAGGAGGAGGAGGAGGAUGCGGAUGCUGCUGCUGCAGACCACGGUCGGUUACUUCUCUCCACUUCUAACACGAUCCUCGCCGCUUUCAGAUGCUGCUGCUGCUGCCGUCGUUGCUGCACGUGCUGCCGAACUUGCUGUUGCACGAGAUGCUGCACUUGCUGCCGUCCGUGCUGCUGUGGAUGCGGUACCCUCUUCUUCUUCUUCUUCUUCUUCUUCUUCUUCUUCUUCUCUGAUCCUCAUCUCAUCUCUUUUCAGGAUGCGGAUGCGGAUGCUGCGGGUGCGGCGGCGGAGGACGCAAGCGUCGUUCCCUUCAGAACCUCCGAAUUGCGUUGGCCAACAAGAUCGAGGGAAUCGCGAAAGUGGUGAAGGGAGAUGCUCAGGUUCAGCCAGCUCUGCCACAGUUGGCUCCGUUCAAUGAUGCUCCGGAGACUGUCGAGGAGAAGAAGGAAGUGAUCAACUGA